AUAAGAGAAGCAAGUUAACGUUGGCCCUGCAUCCGGUAAAAAGACAAGAACUUUCUUUCCUACGUUCCCGGCUAUCGUUGGUAGUUGAAACAACACGAGUGCACGGAGAAAGAGAAAGAGAAAGAGAAAGAAGAAGAAUAAGGAGGAGUAGGAGAAGGAUAAGGAGGAGAAGGAUAAGGAGGUGGAGGAGGAGGAGGAGGUAAAGGAGAAGCAAGUAGAAUAUAAAGGGUAGCUUAGAACGAAGCAUCUUGAAUUUUGAUUGGUGGACGUUUAGAGCGACGGCCAAUCAACAUCAAGGAUAGCAGUAUCACGUGGAAUGAUCGGAAAAGCGCUCAGUGACGUUCGUUAAUGAAUGAGAUGGAGAUAUAGUAUGAGUUAAAGAGUAACUGAGUAAGGUAAAGAAAGAGAAGUAGGAGAUAUAGAUGGAACGCUUUCAUGAACAAUCGAGAAUAGUAGAAGAGAGACAACAAAUGAGAUAUUUGGUCGAGACUAGUGUAGUAGUAGUCUUAGUCGAGAUCUAAGGACGGACGGACGAACUAUUGGUUGGUUGAUUGGUUGGUUAGGUUGGUUGGUUGGUUGGUUGGUUGUCUGCUGGUUGCUCGCUGGAACAUAAGUUGACUUGGCUCGUGACAGACAAGGGGGGAACAUUUCUGUCGAAGGAAGGAAGAAAGGAAGGGAAAAAGGCUGAAAGGUAAUUUUCAAUAUGGCGUCUCGCACGUCAUAGAGAAGAGUACGAGACGAGACAAGACGAGAGGGAUAGAAAGAAAGAGGGAGAUAGAAAGUCAAAAAAAAAGGAAGGAGAAGAACAGUAACAAGGACCCAGCGAAGGCUGAUGCGUGUUUUAUACGGACAGUUAAGGCGGUUCGCUGGUACGAUUGGGACUGGCAGGAAGGAAGGAGGUGGAAGACGAGAAGGGAGGAAAAAGAGAGAGAGAAACAGAGAAUAGUUGAAGAGAGUAGAGUAGCGACGACGUUGAGAGAAGCCGUGUGUGGUUGCAGCAGCAGCAGUUGCAGUUGCAGUUGCAGUUGCAGUAGCAGUAGCAGUAGCAGGAAUAACAGGAACACCACAAGUAGAUAAAAUAAUAAUAAUAAUAAGAAGAAGAAGAAGAAUCUAAGAAGAGAGUGCAGAAGGCGUUGGUGUAUGUCAUGUCUUCUUGCAAGUAUCGGGAAGAAAAGUACCUUAGUGCCUGGGGCGAGUCUCGUAAGUGAUAUUUCCGAUAGUACGUAGAUCCCAUCUCGAUCGUGCCAUCGAUGCCUUUGUUCGAAAGGAUCAGACGUCUUUCAUUCACCACUAGUAGUUACAACAAUAACAAUAACAUUAACAAUAACGGGAUUGUACAACUAUUGCAUCGGACAGUGUCGUCACCGUUGUCGUCGUCUAAAGUGGAAGUGAACUUGGUGGUGUCAUCGUUGUCUGCUGCUGUGUUAUUGCUACUACUACUACAAGUAAUUAGAGUGUUGGUAGUGGUGUUGUUGGUGCGAGUGCGAGGAAUAGAAGGAGGAGGAGGAGGAGGAGGUGGUGGUGGUAGUGUUUGUGGUAGUGGUGGUGGAGGUGGAAGUGGAAGUGGACAGUGUUGGUAGCGGCAGCCACGAGCAGCCCACAGUCUGCUUGCUUACUUCUUUUGUUUUUUUUAACACGCACAGUGUUUAUUGUAAAGACGGAUAUUAGGGAUAAAAAAGAAGAAGGAUAAAAAUAAUAGCUAUUGUGUUUGUGCUAUUAUUAUUACUACACUACACAACACAACUACAACUUCUACUCGAACAUUGCUCCUUCCGUUUAACGUCUUCCCUUGGGUUACCUUUACUCUCGUGAACACGUUGAGGAUCGAGGAAAGGGGAGGCGGAGGAGGGGGCGGUGGUGGCGCCGGUGGAGGAGGAGGAGAGGUGGAGGAGGAAGAAGAAAAGACUAGGAGGUGGUGCCACUGGCAACUAUCACCACGACGACGACGACCAAGAAGAAGAAGACGACGACGACGACGACGACGACGACGAGGAGGACGACGAGGACGACAACGAGAUGCGUGAAUUUAAAGUUGUCGUGCUCGGCUCGGGCGGGGUGGGCAAGAGCGCGCUCACAGUACAAUUUGUUUCCGGUUGUUUCAUGGAAAAAUAUGAUCCAACUAUCGAGGAUUUUUAUCGAAAGGAAAUCGAAGUCGACAGUUCCCCGUGUGUACUCGAAAUACUCGAUACCGCCGGUACCGAGCAAUUCGCGAGUAUGCGUGACCUUUAUAUAAAAAAUGGUCAAGGUUUCGUCGUAGUUUACAGUCUGACCAAUCAUCAGACCUUUCAGGAUAUUAAAUCUAUGAAGGAGCUUAUUACUCGCGUUAAAGGCACCGAAAGAGUACCCGUACUACUUGUUGCCAAUAAGCUCGAUUUGGAACAUCAACGCGAAGUCGAAACAUCCGAGGGAAGCGCACUCGCACAAAUAUGGGGUUGUCCUUUCGUCGAAGCCUCCGCUAAAAAUCGUACGAACGUCAACGAGAUGUUCGCCGAAAUAGUGCGAGAAAUGAACUUCAGUCCUGAGAAAGAGAAGAAAAGCUAUUGCUGCUGCAGUGUCCUCUAAUACUUAAUUAAAUCUUCCCUUUUUUUUAUUAUCGGCAAUUCGUUUUAUUCGUAUUCGUAUUAUUAUUAUUAUUAUUACUAUUAUUAUUAUUAUAGAUAGAUGUUCUUAGUUAUGCUGGCUAGAUCGGCUUGUGAGAAGUCUAUUGUAUUAUUACAAAUUUAUUUGAAUUUUCAUCCUUCUUUUUCUUCUUCUUCUUCUUAUUAUUAUUAUUCUUCUUUAUUCAUUUUCUAUUCAGUCUAAUCAUGAUAUUAACUCUCAAUUAUCUUUACUUAUCCGUAUUGAUUUCUUUUAUCAUUAGAUUAUUGUAUAAAGAAUUUUGAUUGAAACUAUUUUAUGCUCGUUUCUUUUCUAUUAUUUUGUAUGUAUUGUUUUCUCUUCGAAAAUAAGCCAAGCCAUGCGACAAAUUCGCCCAACCUUCGAGACUAAUUUGUGGUUGUACUGAAACUUUUGGAAAAGUUCAACGUUUAAGGACUAUAUAUAUAUAUUAUAUAUAUAUGCUAAUUCAGUUCUUUUUCUAUCGGAGGAUCAAGGUCAGCCUUUUUCUAGCGACCAUCAAACGGAUAUUUUAAUAUACAUUGAUAGUAUUAUAUGUAAUAUUGUAAUAUAUAAUAAUAUAUGUAAGCGAGCAUAUAGAAAAAGGGGGUGAAUUCCUUUGGUAACGGACCAAUAUUCCAAAGUGACGAACAUGGGUAAAACCAAGAGCAACAUUAUAUUAUUAUUAUUAUUAUUAUUAUUGGCCUGCGUUUGUAAUAACCAAAUUCAAUUGAACUACUAACUUUUUUCGUACAACGUUGUUCGUUGUCCACUGGUCGAUCCUAGUUCGUGUGGAAAUUAGAAGACUUUUGCUUAUUUUUUUUUUUCUCUUUGUAAGAAAGUCACUGUGAUGGUCAACCGUCCUUGCGAAGACGGUUGUGCUCUUUCUCUACUGAAGUAAAUUUGGAAUGAACUUCGUAAAAUAUAUAUAUAUAUAUAUCUCAAUUAGAUAAGAGGUUUUAAACAAUUUAUAAGUCUUUAUAUAUAUAUAUAUAUAUAUAAGUUGUACCAUCUAAAGCGAAAAGAGAUCUUGUAGAAGAAGUUGUAUUUUGGUUUGUAGGUAGGAUCAAGGUGUUGAUCUUGGAUAAGUUUUGUGCAAUGAUUUGCGUCAAUAAUAUGUUACCUAUGCUUAAGUGUCGAAGGCCUCACUAAAGAAAAUACGUCGUAUAAAAAAAAACAAACAAACAAAAAACAACAAUGUAAUAUGCGACCAAGAUUUUUAGCGGCUUUCGUAAAUUAGUUGUACAGUAAAACUCUAGUUCUUAACCCUUUCGCUACGGUGGGUCUCGCCGCGAAGUACCUCGUCUAGAACGGAGCGCCGUACCGAAAGUGGGAACAUUAAGCGCGCGCAGUCUUUAGCAUUCGGAGCCUAUUGUCUCAAAAACGACUUUGUGACAUUACUUUUAGAACCAAAAUGAUUUUUGUUCAUAAUUAUGUGACUAUAGUCUAUGACUAUAGUCACCCGUCGCGUAUAGGUGGCAUCGUGUGACGGGUGACUAUAGUCACCCGUCGUGUGCGGGUGUCGUUUUGUGGCGGGUGACUAUAGUCACCCGUAGUAGUGAAAGGGUUAAAGAAAUAUUUUAUAGAAAAAAAAAAAAAAAAAUGAAACACAAAUAUAAAGAAGAAGAACAUCGUCUUCAAAAUUGAUAUUGACAAAUUGCGUUUGACAUUUCAAAGUGUUUUUUUCUUUUUUUUUGGGGGGGGGGGUUUAAAAUGAUAAUGUAAAUCAUUCUUCAUUAUUAUCAAAUGCGAUUUUUCUCAAACGAUAUUCUUCUAUUUUGUACUUUCUACUCAUACUUUAUAUAAUUAUGUUGAGAUCUUUCCAUGCAUAUCGCUUGCAAUAAAAUGAGAAGAAGAAAAAAAAUCAAUGGUUGUUUGACAAAAUAAAAGAAAAGAAAAGAAAAAGUAUGACGUUGACAAAACUGCGAUGAUGUAUACAGAAGAAAAGAAAAAAAAAAAAGUCUUUUUCCAAAUUAAAACUAGAGCAAAAGUUUUUAAUUUUUAUAUAUCCAUUCUAAUCUUAAAAAUAAAACAAAACAUAAAAAACGUAAGAAUAUGAUCUUAUCAUCAUGUUUAUAUAUAUAAGUUUAUAUUUUUUAUGAAUUGAGACUAAUAAAAUAUGAAAUAAAACAAUGAUUUUAUAAAUUCGUGAUAAUAAAUUCUCUUUGUGCAAAAGAUUUGCAGAUGCAUUGAUCCCAACGAUUAUAUCCAAUAUGUGGUACUCUUGUAACAAUGUCCAAAGUGUCCAUUGCUUUGUAUAAUAAAUGCAGAAUCUCCAGGUGCAGUUCUACAUCGUCAAAUCAGUCAAAGAAAAUAUAUAAAGAAAGAAAGAAAGAGAUUGAUAGAUAGAUAGAUAGAGAGAGAGAGAGAUUAAUUGAUUGAUUGAUAAAUGUAAAGAAAAAAACAAAAAAAAAAAAGAAGAUUUGCUUUAGCAUUAGAUCGUGUGUAAUUUUCUCGUGUGAU